UUUUUCCUAAAUACAAAGCAUAACAAAUCAUUUUUUUAACAAUGCUUUAAAAUUUGUUUUUAAAUAAUUUUGACCAAGAUAUGUACUAGGCAUGACCCUUUAAUGUUGAAAAAUAAAUGUGUUAGUGCUAUGUAAUGGCACCACUGUUUCUAAACCACCUCAAAGAUAUCUUCUGAAAUGCAAUUUCUUGUUACCAAUCAGCAGACAGCGAUAUAUUAGCCCAGCUUAUGUAUUGGUCAGACUCAAAUAAUUAAUGUUUUUGUUUUCUCUUUUCAGUGAACUCUAUAGUUUACACAAAAGAAAAUCUUACAAAUUUGGAUUGUGGAUGUAUUAAAUAUGUAGCUGAGGAUCCCCUUCCUUUACUUUAAUGUCACAUAUCAGUUGCCUGCAGUAUUUGUCUAAACUGAUAUCAUAUUGACAAUCCCAUGAUUGUCACACAGCUGCCUCUUGAACGAGACAGUCCAAGCACUGAGGCACCAUGCUUUACAAGACCUUUGACAAAAGCAUGCCCAGGCAAACAGCUAAAGCUAUGGCUAUCUGGCCCUGAUAGUAUGGGUCUAUAUAUAGAGGAGCCCUGUGACUGAGCUGGCUGUAAGUGUCAGAUUCCAGGCGCACUCAUCCAUCCUGGCCGGAUCAGCACCUGCUGCUAACUAUAAACCCACCCACCCCCAGCGCUACACCCUAGCCCAGCUCACACAGGAAAGCCAAUGUCCAACCAAACACCAGCCUGGAGAAGAAAAAAGAUCCAGGUUAGACUCAGUAAGCAAUUUCCCUAAGGCCAGCUCAGAAGGGAGGGGCAGAAAUAGAGAUGGGAGCAUUAGAGGAUGUAAUGGGUCUGAGCAAGAUGCCCCUCUUUACAUUUUCUAUUCAAGUCUGAUACAUGGCAGUGCCUUUUACAUUUUGAAGUUGUCUAGCCAGUUUCACACUGCCAGACUGAGCUGUACAAAGCUGCUCAGUACUGGAUUCAGCUGUGGACUUUGAGAGACAGUUUGCUGGAUGAGGGGCAGCUAUUACAACACAGAGGAACUCGAUGCCCUUGGGAAAGCCUCAUCUUUGGCUAAAGUCCAGGAACAGAGCCCAGAGCAGACUAGAGGAGCAGACGGGACUGGCCACAGUGACAAUUUGGAGCUUUUGGACGAGCGAUGGACAGCUGGACUCUCCAGGGGGACAGCUACUCUUUCCUGCGCAGUGCCCCCCACACCUUUUCCCUGUGCCGUGACGGUACCCCCAACCACGUUGAAAUCUUCGAUAUCAUCAACGUCCCUAGUCAGCGUAGUGCCAUUUCCGAGACUACCUGCCUGUGUGACAUUUUUGGAGACGACUGUGAGUCGCCCUCCCUCUCAAGCAGCCCUGCUGUAGGGGCUUUUGUCCCUUCUCAGAGGGAGGUGGACGGAACAGCUGCUGCAUCAUCCCUGGUGGAUGAUCUGAACGACUCCUCUGGCUCUUACCACACUGCACAGGGCUCCAGUGAAGGAGAGGAGGGCUUUGAAGAUUCAAGAGAAAGGCUUUACAGCCCCCUGUUGCAGAGUGAGUCUUCAGAGAAGAGACAGCAGGAGGGCAAGGGACUGAGCUCAGGGCAUCCAGAAGUUUCUGUGGACAGUAGCCCAAAUUUAGAACCAAAAAGCAAAUCACCAGUACCUCAGCUUAGUACAGCUAGCCCAUCAUCUGAAGUCCUCAACACUGGUGAGAGGACCCCCUCUCCUGGACAUAACAGCCCCUAUACCCUCAGUCCAGAGGGAAGAGCAUCAUCCUUAUCUUCUUCCUCAGUUGAAAAAAGAUGUUCACCAUCACCAUCUAAUCCUAGAGAAACUCAAUCAGAAGCUGAACCAAGGAGAAUCACUCCUAGUUUCAGAGAUAGACACAACAGCCCCUCACUGUCUUUAAAUCCAAGUCCCUCCCCUGAGCCUAGGAACUGUGUCAGCUCAUCCUCCUCUGAAUCAGUGAACAACCAAUCUUUACCUGAGUUCAGGGUAGCACAAGUCUCACCUGAGCCAAAGAGCAGCUACUUUGAUCAACACAGCAGUCUCUCACCUGAGCCCACAUCCAAAGAUUUUUCUCUAGAUUUUACAGAAUCAUCCUUUGAAUCUAGAGCCAUCCUUUCAUCUCCAUUACCUUCAUCCAGUAGUACGGAGUUAUCAUCCCAGUCAAGAGAAACACUGGUCUCUCCCAAGCUGAAGAAUAGGUCCUACUCACCUCAUACCCCAGCAUCAUCUCCUUUUCCUGAACUAAGAAGGAGGGUCUCCCUGCCUGAUCUCUUCAGCAGAGGCUCCACACCUGAUAUUGAAGAUUCUACCCACACCCCUGAGUUGAUUUCAGAUCUUUCCACUGCAGGAAGAGACACCGCAACUACUCCUGCGAGCCAAGAUACAAGGUUAUCAGCUGAAUCUGUCAGUACUGUGUCUACACCUGCCCCCCGAUACACACCUCCCUCACCUGUCAUUUCAAUAGCAACAUCUCCUGAGCUUGUGGAGAGGAGUGUCUCACCUGAAUUAAGACACACAGCUCCCUCACCUGGCCUGCUCAGUGCUGCCUCUCUGGCUCAGAUUGGGACAAGAACUCCCUCUCUUGGCCCCUCACAUAAAAUAAGAGACAUUUCAACACAUACCGAAAUCAGGACCCAGGUGUCUUCACCUGUGGUAAGUUAUAGUUUAUCUCCAUCACCUGGAGUUACGAGCAACUGCUCUUCCAUUGAGCACAGACAUACUGCCCCCUCACCUGAAAUCAGGAUUACAGCAUCCUCACCUGAGGUCAGUAGGAGAGAGCAGUCUUCUGAAGUGGAGACAAUAUCAGUCUCUCCUCUCCUAGAGCCUCACUUUGACUCUGCCUCAUCAAGAAGCCUCACUUCGUCCCCUCAUAUCACUGGGAUUUCUUACUCUGUUGUUCAGCCUGAGGACAGGGACACUCCCCCAUUUGCUGAGCUCUCACGUCUCUCCACCCCUGAGCCUUGUAGGACACUUGUGUCUCCUGAAGCAAGGAGCCCUACCCCAAGCAGAGACGGUAUACAAAGCAGUUUAGCAGAGUCCACUGGUACACCACAAGACUCACCUCAUAUAUCAGGCUUCAAAAGCUCUGUCUUGCAGCCUGAAAUAACUCUGCCGCAUCAACGUAGAUACCAAACACCUUCACCUCGGUCAAAGCAUUACACUCCCUCACCUGAGCCAAGAUAUCAAACCCCUUCAUCUGACAAGUAUCAAAGUCCCUCACCUCAGCAUAGAAGUAAAGAUCCAUCACCUGUUGCCCCAUCUCCUGAGCAGAGGUACCAUCAACAUUCAUCAGCAAACCUCUCCAUAGAGUACAACUCUCAAGAUACACAUCUUACUCCUCCUCUAAGAAAUACAUGUACAGCUGAGGUUGAGGGGGAUUCCUCUUCAAUUGAUAUCACAGAAAUUCAGUACCCCACACAUUUGGAAAAAGAGAGUGUGUCACCCUCAUAUGAAUUAUACAGUGGAGACAAAUCAGUUGUAGCUCAAAUCAAAAGCAGAUCACCAGUGAUUGCAGUUCCUUCACCUUUAUCUACUUCACCUUUCUUAGCUGUCAAAAAGGUAGACAGUUCACUGAAACAACAAAGCACAGAGAGAGAGGCAACACCAAAGGAAGCAAGCCAUCAGGAUAACUUGAGUUUAACCUUCUCUGAGGAAAAACAAGCCAUUAGCCCCACCUUUUUUCAUAAAGAAGACCCUUAUAAUAAUCCAGCCAUUGAAAUCAAGUCUCCUUCCCCUAAUCUUCUAGUAUCUAAGAACAGGAGUCCAAACAUUUCACUUGUCCACAGGGAUCCAUCCAACUCACCUCUGCAGAGUCUGGACAACCCACAGCCUCACUUCACUACUUAUUCCCUAACUUCUGAAAGCAGCUCAUUAAAAUCAGGUUGCACACCUGAGCACGCAAGAAGACAAUUGUCAAACAGCGUUAGACGUGAAAACAGAGAGAGGUUCACAGAGGACAUGGCCCACCAUGUAAACAGAAGGCGGACUCCCUCUCCACCACUCACCAGGUUUACACCUGUCCACAUCAUAGCCCCUGAGAAACCAUACAGACAGUGGCAGAACAGAAGCCGUAGCCCCUCUCAGGUUGUAACAUCUUCACAGAGUGGUAAUUUAAAGAAAGUGUUGACAAAUAAGGAAAGCCCCAAUGUUGCUCCUGUUGACAAUAAUAGCCAGGCCCACUGGGUCAGGCUAGGAACGCAAUUGGAGAUGGAGAGGGAAAUGCAGCUGGAGGAGGAUAGAGAGGUAGGUAGGGACAGGCAAAGGGAUACGGAGAAGGAGAGAGAGAGUAAGAGGGAGGAGCGGGUUCCUGAAAAGGGGAAGGGGUGGCAGGGGGAUGCCAGUUACAGAGGGGAACAGGUUGAGCUGUCAUUCAAUGCCAGGAAUAGAAAAGGGCCAGUGAGUUGCAGAACAGCUCCCACAAGCAGAGAGACCCGCCAGGGACUGCCAACAGUGCAUUCCUAUUCAGAGAGCAUGCUUGCCACCAGACAGCUACAGCAACAACAGAGUCUGCUUAGACUUGCUUCCCAACAAGACAACAGGGGUGGUGGUCUUAGCAGACGACUUCAACCUCCUGCGCCCCAGAACAAGAAUAGUGCUCCUGGACGUGUGGCUGCAAACAGGCCCUGCCGGAGUUCCAGCUCCAGCAUGGGAAGUGAGCUUGAUGAGGCAGACAAUGAGGUGAAGUGGUUUACAGACUCUGCUUUCCACAGCCUCUCAAGCCCUGAGGUAGAUUAUCUUGACAUGUACAACUCCAGCCACCGUUCAUCUACCAACAUUUCUCAACCAUCUACCCAGGAGAGCCCAGCUGGGGUCAAUGCCGCCUGGCUGGCCUAUGCUGACUUCAGGGGUUCUGCUCCAAAGCUGGACAAUGAUGAACUCUCCUUCCAGCAACCACCUGCAUACUACUCAGAUGGCCUAGAUCCAUCAAGGCGCUAUGAGAUGGGCAGCUUUGAGUGCGUAGAUGUCGCCAUGGAAAGAGAGGACUCCAGGAUGGUGAGAAGAGGAGUGCCAAAGAGACAGAUCCAGCUGAAGAGAAAGAGUAAUGCUGAAGGGAAGCAGGAUGAGAGCAGUGAAAAUAGCAGUCCUGGGGUACCAGUGAUGGUGGAAAGCCCAUCUCUAGAGAGUCACUCCAGAGAGACAUUCGUGAGACAACACAGUACACCAGCAGCAAUGCAAGAAUGCUACCAUUCUGAGCCCAGCCCUGAGCCCAAUCAACAGAAUGAAAGAAAAUCCAAACUCCAGAAAUCUGCUUCUCUGGAUGAAACAUGCACUAAAACCAAGAUGGCCACUUGUCUCAUCAAGAGUGUGUUGUCCAAGAAGAUGCAAAGUGUUGAUAAACAACCUGAUGAGCAGGCAGGAGAGGAAGUGAGCCCCACUUUUGUGGAAAACAGCCCACCAACCGAGAGUGCAGUGGCAACACUUAAUAAAUCCCCAAAACCUGAUGCACAUAAUCUGAGUUCCAGUCUUAAGUCAGAUUAUAGUCUUUCAUCUGAAGGUCUUCCUGUGAGAGGAGAACCAAGCACAAAGGAGGAAGCCAAACCACCAAAAGGUUUUGGAGUAAGAUCGAGUAACAGGCCAAGUUCAUCCAGCAGCAGCAGAAGUUUUAACUUUUCACAGACUGAGAGUGAAGAGGUUGAUUUUCAAAGCAGGAAUGCAACUUUAUUAAGAUCUGAAAUGAGAUCUGAAUUGAAAGUGCCAUUUGAUAGUAACCAGUUAAGAACUGGAGUACAACGAGCAGAUGACAGUAAAGCAUGGGACGAAAGGGAGGGUGGUGAGUCAGCAAAUGCCACUGCCGGGAACACAGGGGCUCCUUCUGCCACUGGAGCCAGCAGCAUGCAGGCCAGGAUGACAAAUAGAGACCAGGAAUGUGAAAACACAGAGGACCAUAAACAACUCCAACAGGGUGAAAAGGGUGCCUACAUGUCAAAAACACAGGAGAUUAAACUCAAAGCCGUGGAGAAAAAGAAGGCCCCCCUAAAUGUCUGUCUCACACCUGAGGCAGAAAACAAACCUGAGGCUUCUUCACCAGAUGUGUCUUUCAGAGAAAAGGAGGAAAGGGUAGAGACCAGUGUAGAUGAGAAAACAGAGGAAGAAGAAGGAAAUGGGAAUAAUCAAGUUAAGGUCCCCAUUCACAAAGUUAGAGAUGUGAGGCGGCUUGUAAAAAAUACAUAUAACCUGUCCUUCAAGGCAACUAGUGCUGUAAUGCCAUCAAAUGUAAAUGAAGAAAGGGUGGAAAAUUAUAAUGAGGAAGGGAGGGAAGAAAUAAAAGAGGAACGGAGGGAAGAGGUCAUAGUAGUGGAGGAGAGGGAGGUAAGGCAAGAAAUAAGGAGGGAGGAGAGGAGGGAAGAAAGGGAAGAGGAGUUCAGGGUGGAGAGGAAAGAGAAACAGAAAGAGGAGAUAAAAGACUCAAAGCUGCUAACCUUAUCUCCAUCUCUUCAGGGCAAAGGAAAUCCUCUGUCUCGUCCACAGCCAAUGCAAAUAGAAUACAAGGCUGUUUGCUGGAAAGAAGACAAAAAUAAAAUGUCAUGCAGCAAGACAGACUCAGAGAACCCAGGUGAAAAACCCCAGGCGUCUCCAAAGCUUGUCACCGAGUCCUCAAAUGCAAACAACACAGCAAUUUCCAAGCCAUGUCAACAUGAUCUAAACAUGGCAGCAAAAACACAAGAGGCUAAGACAGAAAUGCAUAAAGUGCCAGACAAUGAGGACAAACCUGUGGUGGUUAGAACAGACAGAAAACCUCCCAUGCUCGGAAGCCUCCCCAAACUGCCCAGUAAGGAAAGAGAGGUGUCCACUGCUGUAGUGUUAAUAAGGGAUGGAUCCAGCAGGACCAAGACAUGUGCAUCUCCAGCCCAGGAAGAGAUUCCCGUCCCACUCCAAGCCCCAGCUGCUUCACCUUCACCUGGGCCCACUACCCCUGGUAGUACCCCUAGUAGCAGUGGCCACUCAGUUUCCAUGUUAUUAAAGGAGAAAGGCUACCAAGCUGACAUUGGAGCAGUUGUGGGUGACAACCAAAAUGCAGCUGAAGGUAAAGGGGUUCCCUGUAAGCAUGUGAACUGCCUGGAGAUCCCCCUUCAGACCACCACUCCUUCAGAUGGAGGUCGAAUCGAGUCUCAUAGAGAGAGAACAUUCUCUUCUUUAUCCACCACGUCAGGCCCCUCAGCAGUGUCUGACAACACAGACACCCUUUCAAAGACCAGAGAAGAUGAGGGAGUUAGCAUUAAGCCUACCGUAAAAGACACAGCAAUGCAAAAAAGUGCUUCUCUGCUAAGGAAUACGGUGGAGCAAACGCCACCUCCUACAAAACAGAAGGAAAUAGGAGAUUUUGAAGCAGUGAAAAGACUAGAUCCAUCUUUUCCCCCAAGGUCCCCUGCAAUGAGGAGAUUCAGACCACAGCCAAUUGAGGUUAAGUCACUGUCUAAAGAAACACAGAAACAAGAGAUACCCUCAAACUCUACAGGAAACAACAGGCCUCAAACCAUUGAAGUUAAAUCUAUAGCUAAAAAUUCUCAUAAGCCAGCUGUGCCUCCAAAACCAAGCUGCAAAUUUAAACCUGCAGAUUUAGGAGCAAUGCCAAGUGAAGCACAGAGACCAUCAGCAACAACACCAACUGUAAAACCACAAGGUGAGGAGAGGCCUCAAACAAUUGUAGUGUCCUCACCGACAAUAUAUAGAAAGAUCUCCAGUGAGUCCACAUCAACAUCAAGCUAUACAAGAAAACUAGCUGUGUCUGCAGUAUCCAGCCUCAAACCUCCACCAUGCAAAACAACAGCAACCACCAUCUCCAAUCUCUCAAACCAGUCAACAGCACCAUCAGAGACAGAGGCAUCUAAUGACAGAGGUCGGCAGCAAAAGCCAGGGGCCUCGCCUCAGAUCUCUAGUUAUACACAAAGACCCACAACCUUAGCUACAGCUCCAACAUCAGCCACUGACCCAGGUUUAACCUCAGCUCCAGGUCCAGUUUCUGACCCAAAAGCAAACCAAGUCUCUGGACCUGUCUCAGCUGGAGCCAACCAGCCAAGCCAGCCAGCUGUUAUGGAUCCAGACAGCCAACCACAGUAUUCUAGGAUGGCAUACCCUCAUGAGCAAGCAAUGCCGGUAACUUCAAACAAUGCAAAACCACCCACUGCUGUUUCCACAACACAAGUGCCAGGACACACACACCAGCCAUGCUACAGAUCACUCUCCAGCGAGCGCUCUCAAAGAACAGAUCUGCGUUUUUAUGCCUCAGAUGACCCUCCAAGCUACGAUGAAAGAGAAAGCUUCAGUCCCCUCAUGCUCCCAGAUCUGACCCCCAGGAGGUCAAAUCGCUAUCAACCCUCCUCCCGCCCUCCUCCCUGCUCCUGCACAGCUGGCUGCCCUUCCCACCCUGGUCUCACCCCUCCUCACCAUCACCGCAGCCCACAUAACCCCACCCCCCCUGCCCCUCCACUCUCUCCAGGACAGGCAUUACCUUACCCAGUGGCUCAGCCCCCUCUUCGUACCCACCAGUGCAGACCUGACCCUCAGCCAAUUAGCUACCAGCCUGGCUCUCCCAAAUCAAGUCCUCUUGGUCCAAGCCAGCCACCGGCCAUGUACCAGCCUCUCCACCAGCCUCCUCCCGGCCCUCCCCACCCCUCACUCAUGCAGGCCUGCCCUGCUGACCGAUCGUUGCAGCCACCCCAGCAUAUUGACCCUCGACGACCCCCUGUCCACAGAUCCCCCCAGCAACAGCCACCAGGCAUGGCUGGGGCUCCUUACAAUGAUCCUAGCCACAGCCACUCUCCUGGCCUUCCUCCUUUGGAUCCCCAGUACCUGUGUGGCCCUCAAAGCCUGGGGCCUUCCUAUGGCUCUGAAUAUGGGGGUGACAGCUCCAGUUUGUACUCAGAGAGUAGCUAUGGACAGACACCUCGCAGAGUGCUCCUGGAUCCUGAGACAGGGAAGUAUUUUUAUAUCGAGGUGCCUGUACAGCCACUGAGAAAAAUGCUGUUUGACCCAGAGACUGGCCAAUAUGUGGAAGUGCUCAUCCCACAACAAGCAAUGUCACAUUCAGGCCUGUAUCCUCCUUCAGCAGCCCCCUACCCAUCUCUCCACAACCCCAACAUGUACGCCCCUGCUCCACAGUACAUGCCCUAUGCAGCUCCUCCUCCUCCAGCCCACCCCCAAGCACAGCCCCAGCCACCCCGAUAUCCUGAGGCCUCUGCCACAGCAACAAUGCACCCAAGCGGGCCUGGGGUCAACUACAGGAAUCCUUCUGGUCAGGGGUCCAAGCCAGAGCCCCAGAACCAUCCACAACUGGACCAGAGCUACCUGGAGAGUAUGUAUUAUGUCCCUACAGGGAUGAAUGCAAGCCCCAAUCCCACCCCACCAGACUAUUACCACAAACAUCCCCCGAACCUACCCCCAUCAGGGGGGGAAAGGUCCUGAAAUAGAGGAUAGAGGCCGCCUUCCUGGAGCCUGUUGGGUUUUAAAUACACAGUGUAUAAAGGGGGUGUCUAAUGUUAGCCUGUAAUGUUAUUUGAGUUUUCACAUUGCAACUGAAGACAGCGAUUCUGUGGUUGUUGUUUAUUUGCUGCUGCUUGUUGUGCUAGGCUUCUUUAUUAUAACAUGAUAUGUGAUUCUUGAGUUAAUAGUUUUGAAAACACAAGAGAGGAAGCCUUUUUUAAGAGGUGUUCUUAAGAUUAUUACAUUAUUAAAAUUAUCUAUUCAAAUUUUUGUCAUUUUUGAUACAGUGUAAGAACAUCAUACUUUAAGUUAACCAGUAAUGCACAGGCACUAUAAAUCAAUAGGUUUACUAAUAUACUGAUGUGUGUACUUUAACAACAAAUAUCUCCAAAAACUUGAAAAUACUGUUUUAAAAGAACCUCAUAUUUAUUUUAUUAUUGUCUUUCUCUAAUAUUGGAUGAGUGAGUUUGUGCACAUGAUGUCUACAACAACAAUGGCAAUAAAAUAUGUCACAUAUGCA